CUUCUGAAGGACAACAAUCUUAGGAGAGCAAAAUUCAGCGUUCGCGGCGAAGAAAUUCUACCAGCUAUUCAGAAAAUCUUGGAUUUCAAAUUGAAGAUGAAAUCAUACUUUGUUGUUUCACACAUAUUUCCACAGCAUGUUCAGCUUACUUUGCAUCAAACUGUUAAGUUAGCAUCGCCUGGAGAAGAUGCAGCUAGCAUUAUUAUUGAAGAUAAAAUAGUUUACUUUGAUGAUGUGUAUGAUGAAUUAUGCAAAAACAUUUGGAAGAAAAUGCAGUCAAAUUGUCAGCUUACUUAUUGCAUGACACACAAAAACAAAAACAAUACAGAAUAUGAUUUCGGCUCAUUCCAAGCAUAUCGAGACAUCCGGCAAAAUCUGAAGCAACACAUUAUUGAACUUCUAAAAAACGAUAGUCAUAAUGUGGACAUGAAGUUAUGUACGAAGUUCAAUGUCAAUAAAAAAUGUUCUUGUCAUAUGGUUAUAUCUCUUCGUUUCGUAAUCGAGAAAGGUCUUCAACCAGUUAUAGAAAAUAUUGUAAGAACGAUAGCCGCCACAUUGACUAAUUGCGAUCUGUUUGAAAAUUAUAAGACGGAUUAUCUUUUUGUACCGGGAGAUCCUUUUAAUCUAAGUUACCGCUCACCUUUCUAUAAUGUUUAUACAAGUAUACUUCAAAAAGUAAUGGAUGAUGGCAUAAAGUCAAAAGGAAAAGAUACCCAAGCAUUUGUGAUGAAGGAUUCACUUGACCAGUUAUUGGAUUUGUUUAAAAUUAGCAAGCCGCAUAUGUUUGACAGGUUUACAAAAGGGACAUUGUGUCAAGUACCAGGCAAUACAUAUGGGAUUCAGGUUUAUGAUAAUCAGUUUCGUAGGAGGCACCCGUUUGUUCAUGUAGCCUGUAAUGGUGAUAUCAAACACAAUCUUUCGAGGUCCGGUGAUUGCCUAAUUUUGAUUGAAAAAGGGAGAAAACUUUCGACAACGGGAACAAUGAUCAAAGUAAGAAAUUGUGAAAAUGCAGCUGCUGGUACUUUUUUUCUUUUUUUUUGCUGUUAUAAAUGAAGACACCCUAACUUUUGAUAGAAAUGCCACUCUAGUAAUUAUUCGAGCCAGAAAUCCCUGUCGUACCAAUCUGAAAAAACAUGUUAUUUUAGAUGCGGUUAAAAAAGCCUCAGAUUAUGAAAUUUAUUUCGGCGUAAAAGAUAAUUCAGUAUAUGAUCUCAUCUUAGAGUGUAAGCAUCUUACUUAUGAUUAUUCACUAGAAUAUUCAUUAAGAAUAAUGGCUAAAUCUAGUGAUCCAAACCAAUACUUGAUUAAAUCUCGAGUUUUAGGAGAGCCAUUAACCUUAGCUUAUAUUUGAAUAAACAAAUAGCCAGUUUAAUAAAACAAUUUCAUUUUGACAACAAA